UACUGCAGUGCCAUGAUUUCCGGGUGGAAUGUCCCUCUGACAAGACUUUAAAAAGCCUGUACACAGUCCGAGGAUCAGCGCGAUUUAGUCAACCGGCUCCAGUGCGCUGCUGAGCUGUUUUCAUUGAACAUACGCGCUGCAUCGUUCGGAGUGAACUGUUAACCACAGGAUCUACCCGCUUCAGUGAAGAGGAGUAAAAAGUACAAUCUGUUCUAAUUGUGAGGAUCUUUUUUAAAAAUGAAUAAAAAAGGUACCCAUACUUCUGUAUUUUACUCAGGGAAUACCAUCAAACAAGAUGACGUUUGCUAUGAGGGUUACUUGAUAAAAUCACCACCUGAGGGUCAGAUUGGAACACAGUCUUCAUGGAAAAAACGAUAUUUUGUACUGGCAAAAUCAGAAGAUGAGCACGUCUUGUUUUACUUCAAAAAACAAGAAAUUAGCCGAAAAUUACCUCCACUGGGGCAAAUACCGAUAAGAAAAAUUACGGAGUUAUGCAUUAGACCAGAUUACCAUCCCAAAUGGAGUACACUACAGAAACUUUUUAAAGAGUAUUCUUCUGAAAAUGUUAUUCUUGUGCAGACAGAAGAAAGAGAAUACUUUUUUAUUGGAGAAGGAAAAUCUUUAGAAUCACUGCACAGAGUAAUUGCAAAUCUGCGUCAAAAUUUUCUACCUGAAAGUCAAAUCCAGAAUCUUUCCAGUAGACUUGUGAAAACCGAACUGAACCAACAACCAAAAGCCAAUGCAACCUAUGCCUCAAUAGAAGAAGUGUUACAGGAAGUGGAGGUUAACAGACAACAAAGUACAGCGAUUAAUCCAAAACCAUUUGUUGAACAUACUUUCUCAGAAGAGACAGAACACAUUUAUGACGUUCCCAGGAAUAUUCUCCACAGGUUGUCACAGCCCACACCACAACCAGACAACAAAGAAAAGCAACGCACUUAUUCACUGCCUGCCCCAGAUCCACCAGCCCUCUAUGAUGUACCCAGGAAGAUUGUAGCUGCUGAGUGGAGAAAUAAUAAAGGAAUGUCGGCUGACUCCGGGAUCUAUGAGCCUAUGGCCUUGAUUCAAGACUGGAAUGGCUCAACUUCAUCAAUCGACUGUCUUGGAUCUUCUGAGCGUAUACAUGAAGACAAUCACAAUCAUAUGGCAAAGGGUGAUAUGGUUCCAGAUGGUUUCCUCACUGAAAAUCGGCAUCAAUCACCACUCGAAGGAUCAAACAAAGGAAGAAUAUUUACCAAAGAGUCCUUGAAAACAUUGCUUAGCAAAAUUCCAGAGGAAACCCAGCUGCUAAAAUUGAAUAUUAUAGUUUUCCAACAUGACUUCAAAAACAAUGUUUCACUUCUGGAAAUAAAUGACAAAGUUUAUGUCGCAUAUUCAGGUGAGAAGUGUGCAUUUGAAUCUGGUGAUCAGAUUGUGGCAAUCAACAAGCUUCAGAUCCAUAACGUGGAGGAAGUGGGGAUGUUAAUAAACAGGUCAAUAGAAGAGGAGAUGAUUGCCACCAUUAUGCGACUGCCUGAAGCACCGUCAGUCCACAAUGAAAAUAUGGAAAAUCUGAGAAAAGAACUAAUAAAAUAUUGUAAUUUUCACAGAGAACCCUCAAUAAACUAAUCACCGUGGAAACAUCAUCAAAGCCAGCAAUGAUCACAUUAUGUUAUCCAGCAUACAUUCAUCAGUAUUUAUUUUACUGGUAUGCUCUUCUGGACCUUAUGGAUCGCUACCGAUUAAUACCGAACAUCUUUACAAUGCUUAGCCCUAGAAACCUUCAUCGUUCUUCCACUCACGUGGUGUGAGUUCAUUGAAACCUCUCACAGGUUCACUAUUUGAAUUACAUUCUAGGUGAUAUCCCUUUGGCAAAUGCUAAGAUUAAGUAUAAAAUAAUCUUUCUUAACUGUAUGAUUUAUGGACAGUUAUUGUACGGUGUCUUAGUUGAUCAGCUGUUCUGAUUUCAAAUAUAACAUGUGAUUUACUAAAAAAGUAAUAUACUCACUAAAGUACAAGUCAGGCAUCACUUGGUGAGGAGUAAGCCCAAACAUGUAAAUAGUAAAGUUUGUGAGGUAUAUUUUUGUUGCAGUUUAUGACAUUUACUUCAAUAGAACAAAAAAAGAUGUGUUAACAUCUGUUGUCAUAAAGUGUCCUUCAUUUUAAGACACUUAAUAUCAUUAUAAACAUGCACUUCAUGCUUAACCUUUUUGCCUUUUCCCUUCCAUUGUGGAAUACUAAUUAUUCCUUGGCAAAUGUACAGUUAAUAGUCAUUAUCCUUCAUAAAUGCUUUCCCAUGGUUUAGUUGAUAAAAUAAUUUGUUUUCAUAUUGAAAUGUAGUACAGACUUGAAUUAGUACUAAUGUGUAAUUGCUGCCCUGUAUCUGUCCCAAGAUGAUUUGAUCCUGAUGCUGUUUGUUCCUUUUCCAAAAAGUGCCAUUGUGCAUCUUGAUUAUAUCUGUGCACAUACUCAAAAUGUAAGAAUUUAAUAAGCAGCAAAACUUAUUAGUUAACUACCCAAUCAUUAGUUUGGAACUCUGCAUGGUUUCUGUGCCUUUGUGCAUCCAUGAUCCAAAUUGACGUUUUAGUUCAGUACCAGAGCUGCCAUUAUCCAGAUUACAAGUUGAGCCAUCUGCUAUCUCAAGUAGAUAGUAAAAGUUCCUGUGGCAGUUUUUGAAGACAAUCUGCACAUUUGUGCCUUACCCAAUAUUAUUCAAACAAAUUAUCUGGUAAUUUUCUUCUGCUACAGUAUACAAAGCCCUGCUAUUCACACACCGGGUGCUGUGGCUCCCUACACCAAUAACUACACAACAAAAGAACUUAACUUGUUGUGAAAUGCUUUGGGAUAUCCUGAUGUCAUGAAACAUAUAAUAUUCCUUUCAUCCUAUUAUAACAAUUUGUUCACUGUUGCUGUACUCCAAAGCAUAAACUCAAAAGUAUAAAUGUUAAAAAAAACAAGCAUGUUAGUAGCACCUUUGAAAUCUUCAGCAAGAAUUGUUAGUUGAAAAU